GCUGAGACCCUGUACACAUCUUUAUUUAUUGUGGGCAGGGGCUCUACACGAGGCUCACGGGCUUUUCUGUACAAUUAUGGUUCAUCUUAUGGAGGUUACCCGGUUGCAUUAGUGUAUUUAGGGUAUAUGCUUAACCCUGGGAAGAACUGAAUGCCUUGGAUGUGCAUUCGCGCGUCUUUGUAUAUGUUCCGAGACCUUUCGCGCCAUCCAUCGAUCACCAUCCCUACAGCGUCAGAGCGCACAGAAGCACCAGAGGGGAUUCCCAUCGGAGGAGCUGUAUUUUCCCUAUCCCAGGCUCUGGAGUGAAGCGGGACAGGAUGGGAGACGACGGCGCGUCAUGGCGCGGCUUCAGUUUAACGCUGCUUUGCGCGGCCGCGCUCUUUCUCUCCGCGGAGAGCCGCAGGGGCAAUAAGCAGCCCCGAUGCCCUGCAGGAUGCACAUGCACCAAGGACAACGCUUUGUGCGAAAGCAUCAAAAGUGUUCCGCACACCUUCCCCCCGGACGUCGUCUCCUUAUCCUUCGUCAAGUCUGGAUUCACUGAAAUCGCCCCGGGAAGCUUCCUGCACGCGCCGUCUCUUCAGCUCCUCUUGUUUACAUCCAACACUUUCGACCUUAUUAAUGAAGACGCGUUUCAGGGCCUGCCACAUCUGGAGUACCUUUUUAUUGAAAACAACAAAAUUGGGUCCAUGUCACCUUUGGCUUUUAGAGGUUUGAAAUCUCUCCUCCAUCUGAGCCUCGCCUAUAAUAAUCUUGAGAUGUUACCCAAAGAUGUUUUCAAGGGGAUGGACGCGCUAACAAAAGUGGAUCUUCGAGGAAACAUGUUUAUCUGUGACUGUAAACUGAAAUGGCUCGUUGAAUGGAUGCACAACACCAACGCAACAGUGGACCAGAUACAGUGUAAUGGACCACCACAUUAUCAAGGGAAAAAGAUCAAUGAGCUGAUGCCGCAAGCGUUUGACUGCAUAACUGCAGAGUUUGUUUCUAAGAAAACCCUGAAGUUCGAGUCUAUUUCAGUAGAGACGUUCACUCUUGGGAACGAUCAAUAUGCUGUGUUUGCACAGCCUUUUUCAGGAACAUGUAGCUUCAUGGAAUGGGACCACGUCAACAUGGAGUUUAGACCUUAUGACAAUAUUGAGAGCACCUCCACUGUAGUCUGUAAGCCAAUGGUGAUCGAUGACCAACUGUUCAUUAUUGUCGCGCAACUUUUUGGGGGUUCACACAUUUACAAACGGGAUACAUCAGCCCACAAGUUCAUCAAGAUCCAAGACAUUGAUAUCUUGAAGAUCCGCAAACCCAAUGACGUUGAGACGUUCCGUUUGGACGGUGAGUGGUUUUUCGCCAUUGCUGACAGCUCCAAAGCAGGUUCUACUACUGUGUACAAGUGGAACGGCAAUGGCUUCUACUCGCACCAGUCUCUGCACCCAUGGCACCGAGACACGGACGUGGAGUACUUGGAGAUCGCUGGCAAACCCCACCUGAUCCUGUCCAGCAGCUCACAACGGCCGGUUAUUUAUCAGUGGAACUGGAGCCAAAAGAGGUUUGAGCGGCGCACGGACAUCCCUGAGACUGAGGACGUAUAUGCCGUAAAGCACUUCAGGGUCAGGGGCGAGCUUUAUAUCUGCCUGACACGUUUCAUCGGUGACUCGAAGGUGAUGCGUUGGGACGGCGCCAUGUUCACAGAGGUGCAGAGUGUACCAUCACGUGGCUCCAUGGUCUUUCAGCCUGUGACAAUUGGAAACUGGCAGUACGCUAUCCUUGGCAGUGAUUACUCUCUCACGCAGGUCUACCGGUGGGACUCCAAGAAGGGCCUAUUUGUGCACUUCCAAGAGUUGAACAUCCAAGCACCAAGGGCGUUCUCUCUGGUAUCCAUUGACAACCAUGAGCUCCUGCUCGCCUCCAGUUUCAAAGGGAGGACACAGAUCUACGAGCACCUCAUCAUCGAUCUGAGUAAUUGAAGCACCGGUAAAUGUUUUUUUGUUUUUUUUUUGCUGAAAGUGCAGGAGGACAGACAAUGGAGACAAGCUUGCUAUCCGAACUCACGUGCGUUAUCUAGAUGACUAAUGACGUUUCCAGAUGACUGCCUGUCUAGAAGUCCUUUGUGUUCUUCACUGUUGUUGUCACUUGUAUCUAGUCUGCACUUUUCAGUUUUUUUUUAACCCUUUAACAAAAGCCAUUGUUUAUCUAUUAUUUCUCUGCAAACUAAAGCUAGCGGGACGUUUGAGAGGCAUAAUAAAGAAACACAAACUAAAAAUUAAGGUAUAGACACUGUAAUAGGUUAGCCAGGAAAUAGUUAACAGUUUUCUACUUUAGUCUGAAGCAGUUUGUAACUUUUGUACAAGAUAAAUAGUUUACCUGACUGACAGAUUUUUUUACACUAGCUGUAGUAUUCUCUUUUCUUCAUUAUUGUAAUUCGGUUCAAGCUAAUAGUAGUAAAGUAAACGUAGAUGUGAUAGAAUUUUGUAGGUAAGACAUUUAAGGUUUAGAUGUGUAAUUGUUUACUCGUUGGCAUUACUGUGUAGUAAUGUAGUAAUAAACCACUUUAUUACCA